AUGAAUAGUUUCACACGACUCUUGAAGCAAUUGAAGAAGAAUCCUGAUUUCAAGUACCAUCCAAAGUGUGUGAAGAUGAAUGUGGUACAACUAAGUUUUACAGAUGAUCUGUUGUUAUUCAGAAAAGGAGAUUCAAAUUCAGUGAAGCUACUAUAUGAACUCUUCACUAUAUUUUCGAAAACAUCAUGGCUAGAAGCAAAUGAGGAGAAGAGGGUUGUUUAUUUUGGAGGAGUGCCACAAGAGAUGCAACAUGAAAUUCUACACCUGUUAGGAUUCGUUUUGGGCGAUUUACCUAAAAGAUUGUUAUUUUCAAUACAGAUCUUCUGGGCUCAGAUUUUUGUUCUACUAAAAAAGGUGAUCCACUGCAUUGAAGCACUGUGUAGAAAUUUCCUUUGGUCUGUGGGGGUUGAUUCCUCAAAGAAAGCUUUGAUUGCUUGGGAAACACUAUGCUGGCCUAGAGUUGCUAGGGGACUGAAUUUUUUGGAUAUUGCUACUUGGAAUAAAGCAGCUGUCUAUAAAGUGCUAUGGAACCUAAGCAAGAAGAAAGACAAAAUGCAGAUACAAUGGGUGCAUAUGUAUUAUGGGAAGCAGGGGUCAAUAUGGGAGAUCCAAACGAAACAGGCAUUAUGGAUGGUAUCGAAAAUCUUGAAAGCCCAAAAAUACUAUGAGGAAGCAGGUUGGUCUGCACAGGAAGCUAUGACUUGGGCAAAUUUCUCAAUCAAGAAUAUAUAUUUGAAGUUGAGAGGUAACUUUCAGAAAGUGGAGUGGAGGAAAAUAGUGUGUAACAAUGUUGCAGCACCUAAUUGGACUUUUAUUCUAUACUUAGCACUCAAUGAGCGACUGCAAACGAGAGAAAGGCUAGCUUCCUUGGGAGUGGUUGAGGAUACUAGAUGUGCACUAUGCAGUACAGGAGUUGACAACUGUGAACAAUUAUUCUUCCAAUGUACCUAUGCUGCCUCAAUUUGGGAGAAGGUUUUGAAAUGGAUGCAUAUAGAUAGACAUGCACUUUGCUGGAGAGAGGAGAAUAUGGGCUAUACAACAAUUUAAGGACAGAAAGCUAUGGCAGAAAUCUUUCAAAUGGCUUUGACUGCAAGUGUCUAUGCUGUGUGGAAGGAAAGAAAUCUUAGAAUAUUUCA